AUGGCUGUAACUGAUCAGGGCAAUUCGACUGGUGUCGAGACUGCUGCAACUGUCACUCCGACAGGCACAGGACUUGAUCCUAGUGAUCCUCUGUAUCUUCAUCCAUCUGACAACCCAGGAGCUAUGCUAGUUUCGACUGCAUUCGAUGGGAUAGGUUAUAGAUCUUGGAGGAGAAGUGUGUUGAGAGGUUUGUCUAUGAAAAAUAAGCUAGGGUUCAUAAGCGGAGAGUUUAAACAACCUGAUACUUCAUCACCUCAAUUUCGACAGUGGGAACGUUGUGAUAAUAUGGUAACAUCUUGGAUUCUAAACUCACUCUCUAAGAAAAUUGCAGACAGUGUGGAAUAUGCAAGCGAUGCUGUUGAACUUUGGAAGGAAUUGGAGGAUCGAUAUGAGCAAACUAAUGGAGCUAGGUUGUAUCAAAUUCAAAAGGAAAUUAAUGAUCUCUCCCAAGGAAACCUAGACAUUACUGCAUAUUACACUAAAUUGAAGAAACUUUGGGAAGAACUUGCUACUUUGAGAAAAAGGAAUCAGUGCAAUUGCGUUUGUAAUUGUGGAGCAAAGGAGAGCAUGUAUAAGGCUGAACAAGAUAGGAGGCUAAUACAAUUUCUUGUGGGAUUGAAUGAAGUGUACACAGUGGUUCGAGGAAGUAUACUUAUGAUGAAUCCAUUGCCUAAUCUAGCACAAGCUUUUUCAUUAUUAGUUCAAGAUGAAAAACAAAGAGAGAUCAAACCUAACAACCACUUAAUUGUAGACUCAGCUUCACUGAAUGUAGGGACCUCAGGGCAGAACUCUUUUAGAACAAAUUUUCAAACUGAUAACAAUCGUGGGCCUUCUAGGGGAAGACUCAUAUGUGACUAUUGUAAAAGACUAGGACACAGUAAGGAAAGGUGUUACAAGUUACAUGGUUACCCGCAGAAUUAUUCUACUCAGAGCCUUGCCCCUAGACAAUUCUCUAAUAACCGCAAUUAUGAUCAAGGUCCUAGAUACAACAACAAAGGAAAAAGAGUAGUUGCAAAUGUGCAGGGAAUGACUUAUGAGAUCACUACUGGGGAGGAAACUGAAAACAAGGCACAAGAUGAUGGCAGAAAUGUGAGUCUUACUCAAGAGCAAUAUGGGCAGCUGAUAAGUAUGCUUCAGCAAUUUCAUGAGAGGAAUGGAGAUGCAGGGAAAGUAGCAGGAAGCUCUUAUUCAUCCAAUGUCAAUGCUGCCAACUUUGCAGGUAUGAUAGUAUGCACCUCUUCUAUUGAUUUUGGUAAACUUACUUGCAAAUGCUUUGAGUCCAAGACUGAUACAUGGAUACUAGAUUCAGGGGCUUCCAAUCACAUGACCUUUGAUAAGUCCCUAUUGUCCAACAUUCAAUUUCUACCUUACCCUCUUCUAGUAGUCAUACCCAAUGGAUAUAAAGUUAAAGUCUCUGAAAUUGGUGAUGUUGUUCUUACAUCUAAGAUAGUAUUGCAGAAAGUUCUCCUUGUUCCCUCUUUCAAGUUUAACCUGGCCCCUUCAGUGAAGAGGCCUCUGGAGAUUGGUAAAGUAGAAUGGCUUGUAUCUGCUCUGCUCCAAAUGCCUAAGGAACAAUAA